UAUCCACUUGUUUCUGAUAGCAAUGUACAAUGUGUGGGAUCUGAUCUCCAAUACAUCCCCCUCAUAGAGUGCCUUAAGCUAGAGUCCCGCAAGGGGCUCAUGCUUGCAGUUCUUAGCUCCCAAAGGUUACAAGGGCCGGAGCAAAUGCCACUGGGUAACAUUCUAGUGCUAUUUCUCCUGGGAGGGAUAUUUUCUGGUGUUGCUCUGGACUGGUUGUGGCUCAUUGGCACCAUCAGAAGUUUUAAAGGAACAACUAGAAUAUUUGCUCUCUGUUCUGGUGGUGUUGAAAUGUACAAAAUGAAGAUGCCAGCCAGAACUGCUAGUGCACUGAUAGAUUACUGCCUUGUUUUGGGUUAUGAUUGCAUUGAUUGA